GCCGACCAUUGACCACAUCCAUGACCCAACCGCCGAACAUAGAACUCUUGCGCUCUCACGCUGCGCUUACUCGUGGCGAGCGCGAUCGAGUUAGGAGAGGGAAAGCGAGCGGAGCCGCACACAGGCGACGCCGACGCGAGAGGCCCCGAGAUGUCGCCGCCGCGGCCGCACUUCCUCGUGCUCACCUACCCGCUCCAGGGCCACAUCGCCCCGGCGCUCCGCCUCGCCAGGCGCCUGCUCGCCGUCGCGCCCGACGUGCUCGUCACAUUCUCCACCACCGAGGCCGCGCACCAGCGCUUGUUCCCGGCGAAGCAGGAGGAGGAGGGCCUCAACGGCCGCGGCGACGGCGGCGGCGGCCGCCUCGAGUUCAUCCCGUUCUCCGACGGCACCGAGGGCGGUUACGGCGGUGGCAGCGACGUCGGGGCGUUCAACGCCUACAUGGCGUCCUUCCACGCCGCGGGCCCGCGCAGCGUCGGGGCGCUCGUGGACGCGCUCGCGGCGCGGGGGCGCCCCGUCUCCCGCGUCGUGUACACGCUCAUGCUCCCCUGGGCGGCCGACGUCGCGCGCGGGCGCGGCGUCCCGUCCGCGCUCUACUGGAUCCAGCCGGUCGCCGUGUUCGCCGUCUACCACCACUACUUCCACGGCUACGCAGGCGCCGUCGCCGAGCACUACCGCCGCGGCGACCCGUCGUUCGUCGUGGAGCUCCCGGGCCUGGCGCCUCUGGCGGUCGGGGACCUGCCGACGUUCCUCACCGAGUCCACCGACCCCGCAAACUACUUCCACGCCGUCUUCCUCACGUUCCGCGACCUGUUCGACACCCUCGACAGGGAGGCCCCCGCGGCCACCGUCCUCAUCAACUCGUGCCAGGAGCUCGAGGUGGGCGCUCUCGCCGCUGUGGGGCCACACGACGUGCUCCCCAUCGGUCCGGUGCUCCCGGCCGGCGACGAGCACAGCAUCUUCAAGCAGGACGACGCCAAGUACAUGGAGUGGCUCGACACCAAGCCGGCGAGCUCCGUGGUGUACGUCUCCUUCGGAAGCCUGGCGACGAUGGCGAGGGAGCAGCUCGACGAGCUGCUCGUCGGACUCGAGGAGGGCAGGAGGCCGUACCUGCUGGUGGUCCGGAAGGACAACAAGGCCACGCUCGCCGAAGCCGAGGCGGAGAUGGGUGAGCGCCUCGAGAACGGCGUGGUGGUGGAGUGGUGCGACCAGGUGCGGGUGCUAUCGCACGCGGCGGUGGGGUGCUUCGUGACGCACUGUGGGUGGAACUCCGUGGCGGAGAGCGUGGCGAGCGGCGUGCCCAUGGUCGGCGUGCCCAAGGUUUCGGAGCAGAGCAUGAACGCGCGGCUCGUCGAGCGCGAGUGGCGCACCGGCGUGCGCGGGCAGGUGGACGAUGGCGGCGUGCUGCGCGCGGCGGAGCUGAGGAGGUGCGUCGAGGAGGUGAUGGGGGACGGGGCGGCCGCGGCGGAGGUGCGGCGCAGGGCACGGGAGUGGAAGCGGGUAGCUGCAGAGGCUAUGGGAAAUGGAGGAUCCUCGUAUUGUAAUCUCGUGGCGUUCGUAGAUGGUGCAAGGAGCAGCAAUUGAAGAGUCUAUAUGCGCCUCUGUUUUUCACCGGAACAGCAAGAAAAUGUCGAGUCAGAAUCGAUUUAAUCUGAUUGCAUUGUUCAAAAGGAAAAUAAGAUCAUCGACUAAAUUCCCUCGGA